AUGCAACGAUGCACUUACACCAGGAUAUUCCCAAUCAAAGUCUACGCCGUCCAGACUCUCGUCCUUCAAGAACUUGACGACAUUGUUGGCAAAAGUGUCGCGGUUAGCAGGCAACAUUGCCUGGCGCAGAAUGUCGUAGGUGGCGCUGCUACAUUGCCGGUCCGCAGUCGCCUGUCCACUUCUGAUCAUGGAAAGCUGACUUUUGCAUAUCUUGCUCCGCAGGCCCCCGAUACCGACUUCCCAGGCCUUCCCACGGAUGGGCCAAACUAUCUCAAGUUCCUGCAGCUCAUCAAGGGCAAGCUUGGCGGGAAGUCGCUCUCGAUCGCUGCGCCUGCUAGCUACUGGUAUCUGAAACAGUUCCCUAUCAAGGAGAUGGUCAAAUUCCUCGACUACAUUGUGUACAUGACCUACGAUCUUCACGGCCAAUGGGAUGCUGGCAACAAGUGGUCGGCGGACGGCUGCCCCGACGGCAACUGUCUGCGCUCCCACAUCAACAUGACCGAGACAACGCAGGUGCUGUCGAUGAUUACCAAGGCCGGCGUGUCCCCGUCCAAGAUCUUUGUCGGCGAGUCCAGUUACGGUCGGUCGUUCCGCAUGGCCAAGGCCGGUUGCGACGGGCCCAUGUGCAAGUACACGGGCGACCGGCUCAACUCGGAGGCUGCGCCGGGCCGGUGCACCGUGACGCGAGGAUACAUCUCCAACGCCGAGAUUGACAACAUCCGCAAGACGUACGGCACCGUCAAGAGCUGGCACGACGCCCGAUCCGAUUCGGACCUCCUGGUGUACGACCGGUUCGAGUGGGUUGCGUACAUGAGCGACGAGACCAAGUUGUCGCGCCGCAAGCACUGGGAGGGCUUCGGCUUUGCGGGCACCAUCGACUGGGCAGUCGAUCUGCAAAAGUUCACUGGGGACAGUCUCGAGGGGCUCAGCGGCGAGGACGAGGAAGGCGUGACGCCGCUCCCCAAGUGUGCCGACGUGGGCAAAUACAACAAGCUCGAGGACGUUGAGAACAAUAUCAAGAGCAUCCCGUUGCACUGCCGAUCUGCGCACAUGCUCAACGCCAUGCAGAAGAUCCUGUCCGAUGCGCUCACAGGCUACGACAGGCUGCUUAGUGGCGGCUAUGACGACAGCUUCAAGACAUAUGCGGACGUCGUCGUGGAUGGAUCCAAGCGGGCCGUCGAGGACUUCAUGUACGAGAACGGCAAGGACUUCUUCACCUGCAAGAACAAUAACCCCCCUGACAACUACUGCCGGUAUUGCGAGGAUUUCGACUGUGGCUGGGCUGGAAAUAUCUGUAACCAGCCAGACGUGAUCUGCUCAGGACACGAGUUCCGGUACAAGGACAUGGACAUGCCCUGCCCGCCUGACUACUCGAUGCGGUCCGGGACCGGACCGACAGGCAGAUACUGGCCGCAGACGACCAGGUGGACGCUGCGCUCAGGCAAGCAGGACGACUUCUACGGCGCCCUGUACAAGAGCACCGGCAUCGACAAGGAUAACAUCCGGUGGACCGACGUGCACCACUGGACAUGCGCCCCAACCAACUCCAAGGAGAUAUGCCAGAAGCGCAACUGGGACAUCAACUUCCCCGUGCCCCACGGCUACGACCGCGAGGACGUGCUCGACCCAAAGGACGUCGUCGAGGGCGCGCGCAAGAACCUGACCGAGAUCGGACCGGGUAUCAGCAACGUGCUCGACGGCGUCAAGGCACAGACCUUUUUCGGGAGCGUAGACGACAUUGUGGACGCCAUGAUUGUGCCCAUUGUCAUGGUUGAGGACGCCGUCGCCCAGAUGGGCAAGGUCAAGGAGCUCGCCGACAAGAUUGACGCACAGAAGCGCGAGAUGAUCAUCAUGGCUUUCCUGAGCGCCAUCUUCUUCUUCGUGCCCGUCAUGGGCGCCGUCGUCGGCGCCUUCACUUCACUGGCCAACGUCGCCCGCAUCAUGGCCCUGGUCGGCUCACUAGGCGGCGCGGGCCUCGACAUCUACGACAUUGUCAAGUCCGACAGCAACGACUUCCUCGCCAUCUUUGGUCUCGUGCUCGCCCCGCUCGACAUCCUCAGCGUCGCCAAAAUCACCGAGGCCGCCUCGAUCCGCCGCAACAUGAAGGCGGACGACAUCAAGGCGCUGGGCGAGGUGCCCAAGGCCCGCAUGGACACUAUUGAGCGCAUCCGCGGAAACGGUGCUUGCAGGGCCAGCAGGUCCAGGGACUUGACGUUUGAUGACUUGCAAAUGAGUGGGCUGGACGGAAGAGAGUACGGCCUUGUGUUGACACCGGUCCCUUUCCAGGGCUGAUUUGGCAUUGUGACUGGGGGGAAACGGGGCACACGGGUUUUCUGCGACACUUCACCUGGCUGACGAUGUGG